UCAUGAAUAAAAAUCCGAACGCCACAACAGGGCAACAAACACUAUCGUGCCGGCCUUAAAGGUAACACGCAGGCGGCUGUUUACAAAGAAGGCUCUCGGUAAAGCAAGGGGUUUGCUGCUCAUUGCCUAGAUUGCGAGCUGAGGAAGGCUGGCCAACUUCGGAGCCUCCGAGCAAGGAUCAGAAGAAGGAGAAAGCGGAAGCUGAAGCAUCUCAGUGGAGGGGAAGACCUGGGGAAGAGAUCAGCCUCCCGCAGGCAGCUGCCAGGCACAGCCCUCGCCUGUCUCCCUCCUCCUCCUCCGCCUGCCUUGGCUUUCUCCUCCGCAGCCCAGCGCUCCUCUCUGCCGGGCUCGCUUCCCUCCCUCCCCCCUGCCCCUUCCCCAGGCUGACUCCGUGCUGCUUCCUGCAAACUUUUUUUUUGCCCUUUUUUUUUUGUCCUCCCCCUCCCCCCCCCAGCGGAUCCCAGCACAGCCGCGCGUUUUGCCCAGCGGAGAGGCGAUGCCGCGAGAGUUUUAACCGCUGAAACUUGGGAGACACUUCUCCUCCUCCUCCUCCUUAUCCGCUCCCCUCAUCCCCGAUCUCCCCUUUCUGUUUGCAGCAAACGCUCUCAGUGCCGGGUGUGAAGAGUUUCAUGAGUGGCAAUGUGUAGCAAAGCGAUCCUAGCGCUGCUGGUCUAUGGGAUAAUAAUGCACUGCAGCGUCUACUGCUCACCUGCGGCCGGGCUCCAGUACCCUGCGCUAAGGCUGGAAGAUGAAGUGUACGACGAGGAUGGCAACAUGCUGCAGGACUUCUCCUACGACCGAGACCCCCUGGGCUUAGCCAACCCCCCGUCCGCGCUAGACGACAUGUACACCUUAUACUACCCGCCGGAAAAGAGGCACGCCGAUGGCAUCUUUAACAAAGCCUACAGGAAAGUCCUGGGCCAGUUAUCCGCGAGGAAGUACCUGCACUCUCUGAUGGCCAAGCGGGUGGGCGGUGCCAGCAGCGGCCUGGAAGACGACUCGGAACCGCUCUCCAAACGGCACUCGGAUGGCAUCUUCACAGACAGCUACAGCCGCUAUCGGAAACAAAUGGCUGUCAAGAAAUACUUGGCAGCGGUCUUGGGGAAAAGGUAUAAACAAAGAGUUAAAAACAAAGGACGCCGAGUAGCGUAUUUGUAGCGAUGAGUAACCAGCCACGCCUGUGUAUACAAUGCCCUAAAAAAAAAAAAAAAAGAAAAAAAAAGAAAAAAAAAAUCAUUUCCAAACUGACUGAACAAUCACCGCUCCUGUGUUAUUUAAACAUGUAUUUAUGUAUGAAGUAAAGCCAUUAAAUGAAUAUUUUGAUAAUAAUAUUGUUUUUCUUUUGUACAAAAAGCACUAGAGAAACGCACAGAUCUACUUUGUGGACCAAUCCUUAAGUUAUAUAUAUACUAUAUAAAUAUAUAUAUAUAAAUACUACUUGCUGAGACUAGAGGACAAAUCUUCAUAUAAAGCGUGCACAAGAGCAAGAAUUCGCCUGAGCUGUUUAUGUUUUUAUAUAAAAUAAAUAGAAAAAAAAAGACAAUCAUUGUUUUGAAUAUUGCUCCUAUUUUUGUAACGGAAAUUAAAAAGGAGAGUAUUUUUAUCCACGACAGGGUCGAAGACAUUAAUAUUCACCAUUUGCUACUGUAUAUAGACAAUGAUGCCCUACUACAAGGAGAUUAUGAUGAUAAUGAUUUGGGAGAAUUUCUGAGGCAGAUUCUUUUCCCUGGUGAGUCCCAAGACAGGCUCUUUUGCCACAAGCCUAUCUGAAGGGGCACGGCCCCCCUUGCUAGAGAUUUCAAUUUUUCUGCUUUCUUUGAUUCCAGUUUUAUAUGUAUUUGUGUCUCCUCAAACACUGAUCGGAGCGGAUUAAUCCUCCGGCGGUGAAACAACAGCUCUAUCAAAAUUUGUGCAUCUCUGUUGACUAUUGGAGGGUGGGGGAGGACUAUAUAUAUAUAUCUAUAUCUAUAUCUAUCUUUAAAAGAAAACAACGAUCUCUAAUUAGCCCCGUUCUUUAUUCUACUUGCUGGUUGGGCAUAGCUACAGAACAAAGCAAGCCGGAAAUUAGACCCAUUGAAAAAAGAGUUUGAAAUUUAGCUACUGGAAGCGAUAGAGCGCAGAUCAGAGAGGAAGUGCCCCUAACGGGUGGGUGGCGUCAGGCUGCCAGAAGACCUGGGUAACAUGAGACGAUCCCACUUGAGAUCCACUACCCAGCUGAUCUCGGUCAGCUUGGUACUGGACUCGAUGCAAAGUACAAUGUGUUACUCUCUCCAGUGCUGUCCAUGCUUCUCAUCAUGUGUAAUGGCCAGGAAUCUCUCCCUUUGAAUCUUUCAAUUGGAGUUGCUCCUUUCCUUUGUUGUUUUCUUGUAGCCCUUUCAUCCUGUCUUGCAGUAUUUAAGCUCUGUUACCCAUCGGAGUCAGUUCUUUUUCUCCUUCUUUUCUUUUUUAAAAAGAUUGUGAACGCCUCUCUCACUCUUCUGUUCUGUUUUAUGCAAGCUCUUAUUGUAAAAGUUUAGGAACCCCUGUUGUAGCUACCACUAAAUAAUUAUGCACUACUACUGAAGUUUUUGUUCUUUGUUUAUUGAGUUUGGAGGUAAAAUGUAUUUUUCUACAUUAUGGCUUAUUGCUGAGUAAAAUUUAUUUCAUAAAACCAACUUUUGUCAAUACAGAAUGUGUAGUGUUCACCUGCGGUUCAGUUUCUAAUGACCGAUAAAUCAUUUUAACCUCAUCUUUAUAUGUACGGAGUUAUAUCUUACCUUCUGGAAAAAAAAA